AUGUCAUUCGUCAACUUCAAUGCCGACGACGGUAGCGAUCACCCCUCUCACUCCAGCAGCAACGACAACGACAUCGACCGUGGUCUGUCCAGCUCCGCCGCAGCACCUGAAUUACCCGAGUUUGACGACGAGCUUCACGAUCCCUUUGAUCUCGGCGACCUUUUCGACGUUCUCACCGAGGAUUACGUCGCUGACACUGACGUUAGUCGUGCUGCUCUGGUUGAGGCCGACCUCACCUGCGGCAUAGAGCAUUUUCUGAGUGGUCUCAACAACGACGAGAGACCUCAUUUCGUUUCCCGCGACUAUCUUGUCACCGCUGGCGAGAUCGCUGGCGAGCCCGCCUUCCAAUCCAUCGUCGACCCCCUCGGUCGUAUCUUUCUCUCUGUCCUCGAGGACAACGGCGAUCUCGCAACUGAUCUUCAGCGCUCUAAACACAAACUUGGUGUCGCCCGCCGUAUCGCCGACGACCGUCAAGCCGACUUCGAUACUCUCAACCUCGAACACAUCGCGCUCAAGCAGGAACUCGAGGACCUCAAAGCAACCAUAUCCGCGGCCCCUACCGGCAUCGUGGCUGGCGCCCCUCUGCCCAGACGUGUCAUUGAGGACCCUCCCGCGUUCGAUGGCAAGGAAAAGGAUCCCGCUCGCCGCUGCGAGGCUUUCCGUGCUUGGAAGUUCCGCAUUGUUACCGCCUGGCGCAUUGAUGCCCCCCAUUAUCAGACCGAGGAUGUCAAGAUCCUUCGCGCUGCCAUGCUGCUGGGCCCGGAACUUCUCUCUAGCAUCCAGGCGGACCUCGAGGCCAUAAUGAUGGAACCCGAUGAGGACAAAUGA